GCUUAUCUUAUCUUCUGUGUAUAGAUUUGUAUAUAUCUGCAGUUGUGUGUAUUUUGUAUAUAUUUAUGUACCUGUAUGUUUGAUAAAUAUCCUCAAAGGAUCAAAUCUGAUCAUAUGCAGUAUGGCACGUCUUCCACUAACUAGAAGAAAGACUAUUCAAAGGAAGAGACUUAUUUUAUAUUUGGAGCAGCUAAAAAUGAUUGGGUCAGUUCAUUGGUUUUUUCAAAUGAUUGUGUUGUUAGGAUUAAGGGUGGCAUUAAGGCCUAGGUAUUCCAUUUUUAAGAUGGAAAGAAUUAAUUAUGUUGAUAGGUUAGUUAAUCAAAGUGAUGACAUUUGUGUUAAGAAUCUUAGAAUGAACAUGGGAGCAUUUCAUAAAUUAUGCUAUACACUUGAAUCACGAGGAUACAUACGUGAUAGUAAGCAUAUGAAUGUUGUUGAACAAGUUGCCGUUUUUCUAUACAUAUUAGCGCACCAUAAGAAAAUGAGUGUUAUAAGCACCUCUUUUCAAAGGUCGACUGAAUCGAUUAGUCGACACUUUCAUAUGGUUCUUCUCGGGGUCUUGAGGUUACAAGAAUUUAAGCAUCCUGAACCGAUUCCAAAUGACUCAACCGACGGAAAUUGGAAGUACUUUAAGAAUUGCCUAGGGGCUCUAGAUGGGACACAUAUAAGAAUGAAUGUAGCUGCUGAAGACAAGGCUAGGUAUCGAAACAGGAAGGGUGAAAUUACUACUAAUGUCCUUGCCGCGGUUACACCAGAUUUACAGUUCUCUUAUGUAUUGACUGGUUGGGAAGGGUCCGCGGCUGAUGGGAGAGUUUUAAAAGAUGCUUUGUCAAGAAAAAAUGGACUCAAAGUCCCAAAGGGUACUUACUAUUUAGUAGACGCGGGUUAUACUAAUGGAGAAGGAUUCUUGGCACCUUAUAGAGGACAAAAGUACCACUUGAAUGAUUGGAACGAUGAACAUCAACCUACUUGUGCUAAAGAGUAUUUCAACAUGAGACACUCGACGGCUAGAAAUGUAGUUGAGCGUUCUUUUGGCGUCUUAAAGAAGAGAUGGGCAAUCUUGAGAAGUCCUUCAUUCUACCCUCCGAAAAUUCAAAGUCGAAUAAUUCUUGCUUGUUGUGUUUUACAUAAUUAUAUUAGAAAUGAAAUGACUUAUGAUCCAUGUGAAAUCGACUUUGAAAGAGAAGGGAGGACAAAUAUGGAGCAUGAGGGGAUAGAAGACAAUAUCACAAGCAUUGGCACAACUCCCGAAUGGACAUCAUUUAGGGAUAAUUUAGCUGAAACAAUAUAUAGUGAAUGGAGGGGUUCUUCGAGGCAUUAAUUUUUGGUUAUAAUAAGAAAUGGAGCCAACUGAAUCAGUUGUAGAAAGAGGUGCAGGAAGGAAUAAAAGGAAAUGGACAGAUUUUGAAGAUGAAAAAUUAGUUGAAUCGCUGAUUGAGCUUGUGAAUUCUGGAAAUUUUAAAGCUGACAAUGGGUUUAAACCUAGAUAUUUGACCUUUCUUGAGACUUCAUUGCAAACAAAACUUCCCGAAGCAGGUUUGAAGGGAAAGCCUCACAUAGAAUCCCGGAUUAAGACACUAAAAAAGGAUUUUACUGCAGUUUAUGAUCUCCGAUAUGGUGCUAACAGUUCAGGAUUUGGAUGGAACUCAGAAAACCAUGUUGUUACAGCUCCAAGGGACGUGUGGCUUCAAUAUCUUAAGGUUCACCCAGGAGCAUCUAAAUGGCAGACUACAGCUAUGCCAUGGUUCACAGAACUCUGUACUAUCUUUGGAAAAGAUAGAGCAACCGGAAAUCUAGCAGAAAAUCUUGCUGAUGUUGUGGAAGAACUUAAUACUGAGGCUGCAGAUGAACUAUCAGUCCAGGAAGCUCAACCAGUCGCACAUUCUGACGAGUCAACAAGCAUGAAGAAAAGAAAAAGAGGAAAUGCAGAUGCAUUGUUAGAGGCUGUCUAUGCUGCUUCAGACAGGCUCGCAAAUCAGUUUGAGGCUUCCACUAAACUCCUCAUCGCAGCUGAAGAAGA